CUUGUUGGAAUCUCAAAGCGUUUACGUGGCCGCAGCGCAGCAGAGUCACGUUUGAAAGAGAGCGAGUGAGAGAUAGCGACUUAGAGCUCCCCCGUCUCCCCGCUGAGUGCGAGUGAGAGAGCGCGCUCCAUCGCCUUUGUGCCUCGUUUCAAAUGCCUGCGUUCCGUCUGUCCCAGUCCGUUUUUUUGGCACUGUUGUUCAUUCGCUCAUUCACUCGUUUCUGGCGCUCGCGUGCAGUCGCUGCUCCCUCCUAACGGUUGUUCCGCCGUCGCCAGAAUCCCGCUAAAAGCUCCAACCAACUGAAACUACAGUGCAAUAUACAUACAAAUAAAAAAGGAGCGCGGGAAAUGAAAAAGCAAACAAAAUGUAAGCGUGAUGAUAAUUAAAAAUAAAUACAAAGAAGAAAAAACGAAAUUUACGCGUGGCUACAACUCCGAAACCGAAAACCCGCAGCAGGAUCUCAGCGGAUCUGAUCGCACUCAGCUCCUGGCUGUGUCUGUGUGCGAGUGAGUCCGUGUGUGUGAGAGUGUGUACCCAGAGCAAGCCAAAUCAAUAAAUAAAAACCAAUUACAAAAGGAAAAAAGCGAAAUAAGAAAGCCACGGCGAGGAAACAACCUGUACGACAGACAAGCGCAGAAGGCAGCAGAAACGACGAAAAACUGAUACGAAAAAUAAUAAGAGUUAAAAUCAUUCACGACGGCGACCAUAACGAACUCCGCCCUAGCAAUGAGCCAGCUGGGCACCGUCUACGCCACCAAGCGAAGGCGACGCAACGGCAAGAGCCUGAAGCCGCCGCCCAAGGAUGGCGUCACAAAGAGCAAUCCAUCAAAGCGGCAUCGGGAGCGCCUCAACGCCGAGCUGGAUCUCCUGGCCUCGCUGCUGCCCUUCGAGCAGAACAUCUUGAGCAAACUGGAUCGACUGAGCAUUCUAAGGCUGUCUGUUAGUUAUUUAAGAACCAAAAGUUAUUUUCAAGUUGUUAUGCAUAAGGAUAAGGAGGAUAACGGAGUCCUGCCCCACAUACACGCACAUGAAGGCUACAGGACACGAGAACUGGGCGCCUUCGAGCACGGCCUGUUGGAUGGUGAUAUGUUCCUCCAGGCCCUAAAUGGAUUUCUAAUGAUACUGACAUGCGAAGGCGAAGUCUUCUUUGCCACGCACAGCAUCGAGAGCUAUUUGGGUUUUCAUCAGUCGGACAUCGUCCACCAGUCGGUGUACGAACUGGUGCACUCGGAGGACCGCGAGGAGCUGCAGCGCCAGCUGCUGUGGAACAGUUUCCUGCCCGCCGACAUGUCCAGCAUGCAGCUGGCGGAGACCCUGGCGCCGGACAAGGCGCUUUACCUGGAGCGCAGCUUCACCGUCCGCUUCCGCUGCCUGCUGGACAACACGAGCGGCUUCCUGCGCCUGGACAUCCGCGGCCGCAUCAAGGUCCUGCAUGGCCAGAACCGCAAGACGGAGGAGCCUCCGCUGGCCCUCUUCGCCUACUGCACGCCCUUUGGGCCGCCCAGCCUGCUGGAGAUCCCGCACAAGGAGAACAUGUUCAAGUCCAAGCACAAGCUGGACUUCUCCCUGGUAUCAAUGGACCAGCGCGGCAAGCACAUCCUGGGCUACGCGGACGCCGAGUUGGUCAACAUGGGUGGCUACGAUCUGGUGCACUACGAUGACCUGGCCUAUGUGGCCAGCGCCCAUCAGGAGCUUCUGAAGACGGGUGCUUCCGGCAUGAUAGCCUACCGUUACCAAAAGAAGGAUGGCGAGUGGCAGUGGCUGCAGACGAGCUCACGCCUGGUCUACAAGAACUCCAAGCCGGACUUUGUGAUCUGUACGCACCGGCAGCUGAUGGACGAGGAGGGCCACGAUCUGCUGGGCAAGCGCACCAUGGACUUCAAGGUCAGCUACCUGGACACGGGACUGGCGUCCACCUACUUCUCCGAGGCGGACCAGCUGGUAGUGCCGCCGAGCACCUCUCCCACGGCCCACGCCCUGCCGCCUCCGGUGACGCCAACGCGUCCAAAUCGCCGCUACAAGACGCAGUUGCGCGACUUCCUCUCCACCUGCCGCAGCAAACGCAAGCUGCAGCAGCAGCAGAAUCAACCGCAGACGCAGCAAACCUCGCCCCUCGGUGGCCAGGUGGGAUCCCCUGCUCCGGCUGUGGCCGUGGAGUACUUGCCCGAUCCGGCAGCUGCAGUGGCCGCUGCCUACUCCAACCUGAAUCCCAUGUACACAACAUCGCCGUAUGCCAGUGCAGCGGACAAUCUCUACAUGGGCAGCUCCAUGCCGGCCAACGCCUUCUACCCAGUCAGCGAGAACCUCUUCCAUCAGUACCGGCUGCAGGGCGCCGUCGGUGGCUAUUACACGGAUUAUCCGCACUCCGGCGCUCCAGCCUCAGCUUACGUAGCUAAUGGAUUCCUCUCUUACGACGGAUACGCCAUAGCCUCCAAAGCGGACGAGAAGUGGCAAGAGACUGGAAAGUACUACAGUGGCUACAGCAGUGGCUAUGGAAGUCCAACAUCUACGCCACAGCAAAUUCCCCUUAAGACGCCGAAGUCUUCACCCCAGGUGAUGGAGGUGAUAUCUUGCUCCUCGGACGGGCCAUCACCCGUGGGCGGAGCCACCCCCAACGGAGUCGGAAGCGUUACGCCGAAAGUAGAGUUGGCCGCAACAACGGCGGCAGCAGCAGUGGGUCAGGAUCCCUACGAGCGUCAAACGGUGCUGAUGUGGGGCACCACGCACUCGAGUGGGGUACCGCUAAAUAGCCUUCAUGGCGGGAGAAGUGUAGCGGGAAACCCUGGCUCACCACAGCGAUCCACUCCUCUGGCCAACGGAUUGGGCUACGCUAGCGCCAAUAAUAACAACAACGAUCAUGAACCUGCAACGGCCGCCAAGUGGAACGGGACAAAGGAGCUGCCGGGCAAGUCGGGCAGCGCCAGUACGCCGGAGAGCUACCAGAUGCAGCACGAUGACUCUGGCCUUUACUCCGCUUCCUCGCACACAACCUCUCCGCAGCAGCAGCAGCAGCAACAACAACAGCAGCAGCAGCUCCAACAAUCUCAGCGAGGAGUUGGUUCCAAUGUUAGCGCUCCUAGCAGCUCACUCACCAGCACGGGCACAGAUCAGCAGGCGGUGCACCCAUCCAGUUGCCACCAACAACAGCAGCAGCAGCAGCAACAACACCAUCACGCCCACCCGCAUCCGCACUCGCAUCAUCACCACCAUCAUCACCAUCACCAUGAGACGGCGCAUCAGCACAGCAGCGAGAUCAUUCUCACCACCCAUCAUCAGCAACAGUCGCAGCAGCAGCAGCAGCAGCAGCAAUCGCUAGCUGGCUACCCGCUGCACCACCAGCUGGUGGGAGUCGGAUCAGGAUCACCGCCGCCGCCGCCAGUCGCAUUAUCCCGCUCGCCCACCGCCUUGCCAGCGGUCAGCAGCUUGCUGAAUGGAUCGGCUUCAGCAGGAGGAGCAUCGGAUGUUCCGUACCAGCAGUUGGCCAUUGUGUCCGCUCCACUGGUGAUCUGCGCCGAGGAGGUGGGUGGCGGCGUCAGCAGCAUUGGCCGCAAGUCAUCCAAGCAGCAACAGUCCCUGCAGCACCUGCAGCAGCAACAGUCGCUGCAACAGCAGCAACAUGCAAUUUACCAGCAGCAACAUCACCACUCGCAGCAUCAUCCGCACCAUCAGCUGCUCUAUCCGGCGAACAUUACGGCGCACACAGCGCUCGCUUAUGCCCCGCCCACGGCUGGGGGCACGUAUGCCGACGGCAGUCCGCUGCUCUCGUUCUCCGAGGUGACCAACACGCUACUGAACCAGUGAGUGGUGCAGAGAGGAAGCGAGGAAGCGAGAAAGCGAGGAAGGGAGGAAGGGAACCGUUCAACAGUUUUGCCAAAAUGUGGACUAUGACUAUCGUAUCUUCCAUAAUCUGAACCAGCUACGAAUGGAUAUAGCCAGCGCACGCCAUUCGUCCACCCACUCCUUGGUUGAUUCUCAGAAAACUGCAGCAGCCGCAGCAGAAAUAAUUUCUAUUUAUUUUACUGUGAUAAUUUAUAGAUACAUUGUAUUGUAUGUGACACUAGGUUUGCCGAUCAACAAAUCCAUGACAGCCGUAUUAGCCGUAUCCAAUCUUCCAGGGAAUCGGGUAUGGGUACUGCAACCUUAACCAGCACAAAGUUACGAAGCCAAUACCCCCGUUGAUCCCAAGCAACCAUGGGUAGAUGGCGGUUAGCUUCGACAUUCAAUUUCAGUUGUAGUUACAACCAAAGAUUUCUCUAACUUAUACUUAUCGUUUUAGCAUAAUACGAUCCAUCCAAUUGGCUUCGGUUUGUUGCGCCAAACUUUAGUUACAUUUUAGUUACACUCGCGAUCCGAGUGAGAAAUAAAUGCCUAAACAGUUGCGAUUAAGAGUGCUUAAGUAGCAUUUAAGUGAAUAACAGAUGCUUGUAUCCAUAUUUAAUUGAACUUUAGACGUAACGAGUAAUGCAAGAUAAAGUAAUUUUCAUGAUUCCUAUCGUUUA